CACAAUGAGGGCCUGCUUGUUCCUCCUCGCCAUCGUCGGCGCGUGCAGCGCCAACAUCCUCCGCCACCAGUUCUAUCCUCAGAUGGACCUGGUCUUCCAACCCUUGGACACCGAGCUUCAAUUCAGAAGACCUGCAGUCGACAGCCAAGAAAGAUACAUCUACGAAGACAACAGCGACUACCCAGCCCCACGCGUCGUCUCCAAGGAAUUCUCGUCGCCCUUCUUCAGCAAAGUCAUCCGUGAAGAAAUCCCCAAAUACGGAGAUUCUGUCGCCUGGAAGGGUAUCCACAUCGCCGUCGGACCUAAAUCGCCCGUCAACAAUAAGAAUGAUAUCGAGAGGAUCUUCAGCGACGCCUACAGAACCCUGCAGCACAUUACCGAAGAGGACAAGCAAAAGUUCCACCAGACUUACGAAACAGCCAUCCACGCUGAAGGUGAUCACGAACAUUUGAACGCCACUCAACUUCUCCAGAAGAACAAAUACCAAGUGGAGGAGCACACCGUGCAAACCGACGAUGGUUACAUCCUUACAAUGAUCCGUGUCUUACCCAGAGAAGAAACGACCGUACUCAAGCGUCCCGUAGUAUUCCUGAUGCAUGGUCUGUUAGGAAGCGCUGACGACUGGCUAUUGAUGGGCCCAGGAAAAUCCCUCGCUUACAUGCUAGUCGAUGCGGGUUUCGAGGUCUGGCUCGGUAACGCCCGUGGAAGCAGGUACUCCCGCCGUCAUGUCAGCAAGCACCCAGUCCAAGCUGACUUUUGGAAAUUCAGCAUUGACGAAAUCGCACAGCACGAUCUCCCCGCCAUGAUUGACUACGUUCUACGCACUUCAGAAGAGGAUAAAGUAUUCUACGUCGGCCACUCCCAAGGCACAACUGCAUUCUUUGCCCUCGCUUCCACUCGUCCCGAGUACCGCAGGAAGAUCGCCAUGAUGUACGCCUUAGCUCCCAUGGUUUACAUGACUAACGCACGCAGCCCCUUCGUGCGCAUGAUCGCACCAAACAGCCCCUUUUUCGAAACCCUCCAGAAGCAAUUGGGCUACGGCGAAUUCAGAUUGCCCAAGGAGCUGAUCCACACAAUCGGAGGUGACAUGUGCGAGAAACAAGUAGGAUGCAAGUACUUGUGCUCCAACGUAAACUUCGUCGUCUCCGGAUUGAAUCCAUUGAAUAUGGAUGUCGAUUUGAUCCACGAAAUCUUGUCCCACUUGCCCGCUGGAGCGUCAACCAGGCAGAUGAAGCAUUAUGGUCAAGCUCUAUCAUCAGAUGAGUUCAGGAAAUACGAUUACGGUAUUGACACCAACACUGCCGUGUACGGGACGACAGCGCCACCGAAAUACAACAUGACCGAAGUUAAGGUGCCAGUAGCUAUUUACUGGAGCGAGGAUGACUGGCUGGCGCAUCCUAUGGAUGUGGAGAGGCUGCACAGAGAACUGCCAGACGUGAGAGACUACUACAAGGUGCCAGAGGAGCACUUCACCCACAUGGACUUCCAGUUCUCUCGCAGAGCUCCCGUAGUCAUCAACCAGAGAUUAGUAGAAUCCAUCAAAAACCACUACUAAACUUAUUUUUAUCAUUUAAUUUAGUCUUUUGUAUGUCAAUGAUAAGAUUUGUCUAAUGCAUAGUUAUAAUUUUAAAUUCAUAAUUCACCGUCCAUAAUAUGUUACGAAAUACAUAUUUGUUUAUUUA